AUGUCUCCCACCUUCUUCCUGGUCGGCAUCCGAGGACUGGAGGCCACAAGCCCCUGGAUCUCCCUCCCUUUCUGCUUCCUCUAUGCCAUUGCCAUCUUGGGAAACAGUGCUGUUCUCCUUGCGAUUGUGAAGAACCACAACUUACACAAACCCAUGUACCUCUUCCUCUCCAUGCUGGCGGUGAGCGAGCUGGGGGUGUCCCUCUCCACCCUCCCCACCGUGCUGGGCGUCUUCCUCUUCGGUGUCCGGGAGAUUGGCCUUGACGCUUGCCUCAGCCAGAUGUUCUUCAUCCACUGCUUCUCCAUCAUGGACUCGGGGGUGCUCUGGGCCAUGGCCCUUGACCGCUUCAUCGCCAUCUACAACCCGCUGCAGUAUGCCACCCUCCUGACUGCCAACCGUAUCGCCCUGAUAGGCUCGGGCAUUGCAGUGAAAAGCAUCGUCUUGCUUGUCCCACUGCCUCUUCUCAUGAGGAAGCUGCCCUUCUGUGGGGCCAACGUGCUGGCUCACCCCUACUGCCUGCACCCCAACCUGAUUCGGCUCCCGUGUGUGGACACAACCCUCAACAGCCUUUAUGGUCUUUUUGUCUUGCUGUGCAGUUUUGGCCUGGAUUCCCUCUUUAUCGUCUUGUCCUAUGCCCUGAUCCUUAAGACGGUCCUGCGCAUCAGCUCGAGAGAAGGUCGCCUGAAGGCCCUCAACACCUGCGUCUCCCACAUCUCUGCAGUGGUGGUUUACUACACCCCAAUGAUUGGUCUCUCCAUGGUGUAUAGAUUUGGCCGCCACGCGUCCCCUCUGGUGCGCUCCCUCCUGGCCCACAUCUACCUCCUGGUUCCUCCGCUACUCAACCCCAUCAUCUACAGCAUCAAAACAAAAGAAAUACGUUCCUCUGUUUGUAAAAUAUGUGGGGGAAAUCAGAAUAACAGAGUUGGAAGGAACUUGGGGGUCUUCUAGUCCACCCCCCUGCUCAAGCGGGAA